CAGCCUCUGGAGAGUCUGCGGGAACAGUCCUGUCUGAAUGAAGGUUACAGACACUCUUACAGAGAGAGUAGGCAGAGAACAGACGCAUCCUGGCUGACAGAGAGCGAUCUGUGAAGAACAAACAAUCCUGAACCCUAGGUACAGCUCGUGUUUAGAGGUUUCUCUGGACAACCAGACCUUGGUGAACAGGAGUUACUGCUUUGAACUACAGAAGGUGUGAGGAAGAACAAGCUGGGAGAUAAGCAAACAGUGGAUACAAAGAGAAGAUCCUCGUCUACUACUAGAACAACUUCUACCAGAACAACUUCUUCCAGAGUGUGAAACGCCAAAAUCAACCAGGACUAAGUUUGUACUUCUCUUUUAAUUCUACCAAACUCUCUUAUGUUAGCUGCCAAGACAACUAGAGCAAGGAAUCUCCUUAAAGAGCCAUUCAGAGCUAACAAGACAGAGGCAGGGAGGGAGUAAAAAGAAGAAGAGAAGAGGAAGGGUGGGUGGAGAGCCGGAGAGAAUUGGCGCUCAAGUGUGAGAGAGAUACAUCAGAACCUAGCGAGCGUCUCCUCUAACCAUUGGCACAUUUCAAAGCCUCGCGCCUCGCACCUCGCACGGAAGAAUCUGACAGAACGCGGUUAGCAUCUGAGACUUGCAAUCGCGCAGACGGUUGAACAAAUGGGCUUUUAUUUGAGGAGCAACAGUUCAGAAGGACUCAUCUGAGGCGACUAUUAUUGCGGAUGAUUUUUUGAGAGACCUGCUGAUUAAGAGAGAUCUAAAUAGUGACUUAAGAUCUAACAACAGUCCAGAAAGCCAAAAAGGAGAGGGGAAUUCACAAUGGAUGGAUUCCCUUGGAUUUUUUGGCAGUGCUGAUCUGUUUUUUACUUUGUUGGUGCAUUUGGAUCUAAGAGAUUCUGCCUUAAGGAGAAACAAGCUUGUAAGGAGUUCUGGAAAGGAUCAGUUCCACCCUGGACCACACAAACUAUCUAAAGGAGGUCUGGAGAGCAUGGGGAAAUCAAACAGCAAGCUCAAACCAGAGGUGGUGGAGGAACUAACCAGGAAGACCUACUUUACAGAGAAAGAAGUUCAGCAAUGGUACAAGGGCUUCAUAAAAGAUUGCCCGAGUGGUCAGCUUGAUGCAUCAGGUUUCCAGAAGAUCUACAAACAGUUCUUCCCCUUCGGCGACCCCACCAAGUUUGCCUCAUUCGUCUUCAAUGUUUUUGACGAGAACAAGGAUGGACGGAUUGAGUUCUCAGAGUUUAUUCAGGCCCUGUCUGUGACCUCACGUGGGACCUUGGAUGAAAAGCUCCGCUGGGCCUUCAAGCUUUAUGAUCUUGAUAACGAUGGCUAUAUCACACGUGAUGAAAUGCUAAAUAUCGUAGAUGCCAUCUAUCAGAUGGUGGGAAACACAGUGGACCUUCCAGAAGAAGAAAACACGCCGGAGAAGAGAGUGGAUCGCAUUUUUGCCGUGAUGGAUAAGUUCCCGUUUUUUCUUUGACUUCCAUCGUAUGAACAAAAAUACAAUGGAAGUCAAUGGAAACCGAAUCUGUUUGGUUAUCAACAUUGUUGAAAGAAAGAAACGCAUACAGGUUUGUAAUGACAUGAGGGUGAGUAAAUGAUAACAGAAUUUUCAUUUGUGGAUGGACUAUUCCUUAAAGACUAAGGAUUUAAACAAACUCAACAGUAAUGAUUAGCAAUCAACCUUUACUAAACCCCUCAAGAAAAAUCACUCAUUCAUAGCUCAAGCCCUGAAAGACGAGAUCAGGACUUGUUUGGGAAUGUUCACAAAGAUGAUAUGCUUUGCAAUCUCAGCUUAGAUCUGCAUGAGGAACCAGUAGUUAUUUUAGGGAAAUAUAAGGCUUCUUCAAAACAAGUACUACAUUGAGCCACAUAAGGUGAAAGAAGCAUUUGCAUUGCCUACUCUGUUGAGAUUUUUUCUUCUAUGGAUCAGCCUGUUAGCACCCGCCCCCUGCUGGGCAUGUGAAGCAUCUUAAAAGUGGGAGCGUAUUUCCUCAUACAUCAUUGAAAAUCCUCAUUGCUGAUGUUUUAGUAUCCUUUAGUUUGUAAACUGAUAUAACCUUAAAGUCUGUUACACAUUCGUUUAAAGUGUCAUGCAUUCGCGUAUAACCACAAACAAACUUAAAAUAACACAUGUAGUUGUUUUCACUCAGCAUUUGAGACAGUUGAGAUUCCAAACAGUGUUUGGUUGUUU